AUGCUGUUUCUCGCGUGUGUUCUGGCCGCCGCCGCGCCGACCGAGGCCGCGGCUGCCGGCCGCGGCUUGGCCCGGCGCGCCGCGACGCUGCCUGAUCCGGCGUACCUGCGCGUGGCCACGUGGAACGUCGCGGCGAUCAACAACAACCCGUUCGAGUACUGGAUCACUCACGACGACCCAAAAUACAACCAGAUGAUGCAGGACGUGCAGGCCUUCCUCGACGAGCCGGGCGCCGCGGACGUCGCCGUCUCGACCGCGAUGCUGGGUGAGCUGCAGGCCAAGAUGACGGAGGCGGGGUGGGAUCACGUGGACGAGGCGGUGGCCGAGUGGCGGUCGCAGUAUGCGGGCCGGCAGAUCAUCGCGGGCUUCAUGAAGGACAAGGACCUGGGCAAGAAGCGGCUGAUGUCGAUGCCCGACCGCACGACCAACACGAUCAACCUCGCGAGCGGGCAGACCGCGACGCGGCCAACCGCGAUCAACUGCUACGGCGCGGAGUUUGCCUCGAUGGAGCAGUGGUGGGCGCAGUGGAAGGGCUUCAUGUUUGACACCAAGCUCUCCCUCGCCUCCGGCAAGGAGGCGACCCCGAGCCAGCUCGUCGGCAAGAUCUCGCGUGCAAAGUACCCCGCCCUGACCGAGGCGGAGGAGGCGAUGUCGCGCCCUCUCUCCGCCAUCUGCCAGGCGGCUUUUGACGGCAUCCUGGUCCACAUGCUCAACACGGUCGGCGGAGGGGCGCACAAGGAGACCUGGCAGCCGAUGCGGCGGCAGAUGUGCGUCGCGCUCAACUCGCGCAAGACGCACCGCACGCUCGCGAUCCUCUCUCGCAGCUACGCCGACUCGGACGCGAUCUUCCUGCAGGAGAUAUGGGGAGAUGAGAUAUGGGGAGAUGUGGGGAGAUUUCGGGAGAUUUUGGGAGAUAGCUACGCCGACUCGGACGCCAUCUUCCUGCAGGAGAUAUGGGGAGAUGUGGGGAGAUAUGGGGAGAUUUUGGGAGAUAGCUACGCCGACUCGGACGCCAUCUUCCUGCAGGAGGUGUCCGGCGCGAUGGUCGCGCAGCUGCGCGAGCACCCGAAGCUGUCGCGGAAUUUCUCGCUGCACGUGGCGCCGAACGACGGCAAGCGCGACCAGAUCUCGGUGCUGCUCCUCUCGCGCAGCCGGUUCGACCCGGCCUCCGCCACGAGCCUCAACCCAGCCUUCGACGCACUCCUCGCCGGCCUGGGGGGUGACGUCCCGGUAUGGUACCAGGAGCCGACGUACGUGCUCGCGUCCUUCCACGGAGACACGGACGGGCUAGCGACCGUGCCGGUUGUCAAGGCGAUGGCGCAGCUCCUCGCCAAGCAGCCGGCGGGCACACGGCAUGUCUUCGGGAUGGACGCAAACACGUACGCCGUCGGCAGCGCGAAGCAGCAGGGCGUCUCCGAGUUCGCGGCAGAGUACCGCCAGCUCGGCCUCACCUCCUGCUGGGGCGACGCGCCCGACCCGACGAACAUCACAACCUUCAACGCGCGGACCUAUCUCCAGCCGCAGCUCAACAAGGCCGUCGCGUACAAGGACCUUGCCUCGCCGGGCACCGGCGACAAGAACCCGAAGGACUUCCUCCUCUUCCCAAGGGGCAGCUUUGGCGUCGAGUCGACGACAAAGGACAACACCGGCCAAAAGGCGUACGUCGAGAGGCAGCCCUUCCCGACCCUCACCUUCCCGUCCGACCACGGCGUCCUCUCCUCGGUGCUCAAGCUGCUGCCUCCGCCGAGCCCGCUCGCCUCGGAGCUCCGCACCGCGCGGCGCUCCUUGCGUGCCGCCGAGUGAGAGCCAGUGUGGGCAGCGGCGAGGGGAGUGUGAGCAGCGUGUCGCGCGAACGAGUUGUGUCGGGGUGUGUCGGUCUCGGUGUGUGGUCCAAGUCUGCGUUGUGGCAUGCGGGCGCGACGUUCGGUGUGUGUCUGCUGAUUCCGUGUGCUGUCGCGUGUAAAAAGCCGCUAAAAAGC